AUGACGAUCGAGCAGGAAGCUAAAGCUUUGCGCAUCUUACGCCAAACACAGGAAGUCACCAAUGGCAAUACCACCACUGCUUCAGACGCGCCUACGACUGUGAACAUGUCAGUACUUUCGAACGCAACUAACUAUGUCGAUUCCAACAGCAUUGGGCACGUCAAGGUGAACAACGACAUGGGCUGGUCGAACAUUCUUCCGAAUGAUUCCACCGUGCAUAUUAUCUACAAAGAAUCUGGUCCUAGUGGGGAGAUUUUAAUCAUCCCCGCAGGGCAGAAUGCAUCGGACGCUACAAAUUCCUCGUUUAGCGGCAGCGACUGGAUGUCAGGGAGCGAUUCAACUAAUCCAGUGAACACAUUGCCGACGGAGUCCAGCGACGACAAUGUUAGUAGGGAAAGCAAGGGUUUAAUACGCACAGGAUCAAGCUCGGUCAUACUCGUGGUUGUUGGCACGGCCCUGGCACUCGUUGCUAUCGUGUCAGUACUUGCAGUAGUGGUUUACAGUCGAAGGAAUCGACGACGAGCAUACUCCGAAGAUCAGAGCAACUCGGACCAGCCUUUCAUCGUGGGCUCGCUUCCCCACCAGCCAGUCCCGCAACUCAGCUUGCUCGACACGGACAUGUCGCCGAACCUUUGGCUGGAAGGCCAAUACCAGUACUCACCCAACAUGAGCGGGAUAAGGAACUCGCUCAACGGUACUGCGAUCCUGUUGGACAACAGCACGGCUGCAAUGCAUCACCGAUACACAGUUGACGCUCGUCCGUCCAGUCGUCGAGGCCACCGUAGAAAUGAUGGGCAAGGUGAUGUUGAGCUUGAUCAGCGUGGAAAUACUGGGCGUAAUCAUGCUGGGUAUGGCAAUACUGUGCGUGAAGAUUCCGGACGUGACGGUAGCGUGCGUGGAAAUAGUGUGCGUGACGGUAGCGUGCGUGGCGGUAGCGCGGCGUGGAAAUAG